AUGGCGAUGACGAUGACCGGCCGUGUGCUGCUGGUGUGUGCCCUCUGCGUGCUGUGGUGCGUUGCCGGCGGUGUUUAUGCGAGGGACGUUGACACCAACGCACUGGGUGGCUGCAUGGCGUCGGGAGUGUUGGGUGAGAAUGGAUCCCACAUGCCUGACGGAUGCAAUAAAACUGCGAUUACGGUGCCUUUGCGGUCGGUACUGCCCAUUACUGCCGUCGAAGCCUCGGCUGGAAAAGGUGAUGCUCUCGCACCAAAGAACAAUUCGAAUUCAAGUAAGACUUCCGACGCUGGUGCCUCUGCUGGUGAUGGUUCUGGUGGUGCUACUGGUGCUUCUGGUGGACCUGUUCCUGGCUCUGCUGGUGCUUCUGGUUCUGGUUCUGCUGGCGCUGCCGGGGCUUCUGGUGGCAGUGGAACUUCUACUGGAGGUUCUGGUUCUGGAGGCGGUGGAGGAGGUGGUCCUGCUGGACCUUCUGCUGGCGGUCAAGGCAACGGUGGCAUUUCUCCUGCUUCUUCUGGUCCUGCUGUUGCUCCCUCAGAUCCCCCUGCCGGUUUUCCUUCUGCUCCUGGUGCUCCUCCUCCUCCCGCUCCUCCUUCAGGUCCUGCUCCUGCUGCUCCUGGUGCUGAUUCUUCAGCUGACAGAAUUGGUGGUACAGCGGGGUCCUCGGGCACUAAUUCAUCUAACACAACAGGGGACUCUCCAACAGGAGAUCAGACGCCUGCUGCAGCAGCGGCUCACAACUCCUCGCUACCCGAAGGACCGGCAGGGACGACAUCCGGCACUGGACACACACGACAAGAAGAAGAAGAAAGUGAAAAGCAGCAGCAAAGUGAUGAAGUACAAGUCCAACAACAUCAACAGCAUGAACACCCCGCGGAAAAUGACGAAGAAUCCGCGAAAGAUAAAAACGCCCUUCGUACAAAUGCCACCGCAAAUACAGGCGACAGUGACAGCAGCACCGCGGUCCCCCACACCACCUCCCCUCUUUUGCCUCUUCUUGUUGUUGUUGCGUGUGCGGCUGCUGCUGCGGUGGUGGCCGCGUGA